AUGGCUUCUGUGAGAUCUCAAUCGAAGCUUUUCCAACCGCUAGCUAUUGCCGAUGGCAAGAUCACUCUCAAGCACCGCAUUGUCCUUGCCCCGCUGACCAGGAAUCGUGGCACGCCAUAUUCCGAAUCGACUCCGGAAAAGCCCAACCGAAUAUGGGUGCCAAAUAAUCUUAUGGUCGAUUAUUAUUCUCAAAGGGCUACGGAUGGGGGUCUCUUGAUAUCGGAGGCUAUCCCUCCUUCGCUUGAAGGAAAUGCCACGCCUGGAGUGCCUGGUCUUUUUAUCCCUGAACAAGCGGAAGGAUGGAAAAAGGUUGUCGAUGCCGUCCAUGCUAAAGGUGGGUAUAUGUAUGCGCAGUUAUGGCACGCCGGAAGAGCAAAUAUUCCUCAGUUAACAGCAUACCCUCCACCCCACAGUACCACACCAGUCAAAUUUGUGGAUUACCCUCCAAUUGAAAUGACCGUCUCCAAAAUCAAAAGCACAAUACAAGAUUACUGUAACGCCGCAAGACUGGCUCUAAAGGCCGGGUUUGACGGAAUCGAGAUUCAUGGAGCCAACGGAUACCUCCCCGAGCAGUUCCUCAGCUCCAACAUCAAUCAUCGGACAGACGAAUAUGGCGGAACGCCAGAGAAACGCUGCAAAUUCGUCUUGGAGCUGAUGGGCGAGCUAGCCAAGGUCGUCGGCCAGGAGAACCUCUCCAUCCGCCUGUCGCCAUUCGGUCUCUUCAACCAAACACGCAGCACGCAGCGUCUAGAGACAUGGAGCCACCUGUGCCGGGAGAUCAAGGCAAACCACCCCAAGCUAUCCUACGUCAGCUUCAUCGAGCCGCGCUUCGAGCUGAUAUACACGGAAGCGGAGAAGCAGAAAUUCCUCGACUCCUGGGGUCUGCCGGACAUCAGUCUCGAGCCUUUUCGAAAGAUUUUCGGCGAGACCCCGUUAUUUUCUGGCGGAGGAUGGAACGACAAGAACUCUUGGGGGGUCCUGGAGAGCGGAGCUUACGACGCCUUGGUGUACGGUCGCUAUUUCAUAAGCAAUCCGGACCUAGUCGAGAAGCUUCGUCGCGGCUUACCACUUUCGCAUUAUGACCGCUCUACCUUCUACGGGCCGCUGGAGGAUAAUAGUGUUGGUUAUACGGAUUAUCCAGUUUACGAGAAAGGCCUGCCGAAUUGA